UUUAUAUACGAUGUGUGGUAUCUGUCAAAAUGAGUGAAUAGUGUUUUGUAUUCUCAAUUCCAUCUCCAUCUUAUACCAACUGUGAAAUUUUUGCGCAACACCAUUAUGGCUACUGUUACCGCCCCAUCUCGACCAUCUCGUCGUGACGGUUUCGACAUUGGCAUCAUAUGUGCCCUCCAGGAGGAAUAUGACGCAGUUUGUCUCGUCAUUGAUGAAUUCUGGGAUGAAGACGGCGAUGUUUAUGGACGCGUCAUAGGAGACAAGAACUAUUAUACCACCGGCUGUAUUGGUAAACACAACGUCGUUGUCGCUUUGCUACCGGAAAUGGGAAAAGCAAAUGCAGCCGCGGUUGCAGCAAACUUUCGAUCCAGCUACAGCCAUCUUGAGCUUGUGCUUCUGGUCGGUGUCUGCGGCGGCGUGCCUUCUCCCAGUCGUCGAGAUAAUGAGAUAAUGCUGGGCGACGUGAUCAUCAGCAAGAGCGUCGUUCAGUACGACUUUGGCAGGAAAUACAAUGGUGUGUUUGUCCGGAAAGACACCUUGGAGGGGAACUUGGACAGAGCCAAUAAGAAUAUUCGCUCUCUGAUUAGGAAUUUCGAGACGGAGAGAAGCCUGGAGCUCUUGCAAACACAAACUGCCCGCAAUUUGACGCAGCUCCAGGCCAAGGCAAAAUCAAAGAAACGCCGUGGGACCAGGUAUAAGUACGCCUAUCCAGGAACGGAUUCUGAUCGGCUAUUCAAACCGGACUAUCUUCAUAAACACCGUCCGGGGCAUGGCUGCAAUGUCUGCGAUAGCAAGCCUGACGCUAUAUGUCAUGAAGCUCACAGCGCUUACUGUGAGGAGAAUGGGUGCGAUCAAGGACGGGUCAUCUCUCGUAAUGUCCAUACAGAAAAGCAACAACUCAGCGAAGAGCAAGCUCAGGAGCCUGUGAUCCACAUUGGAGCCAUUGCGUCCGGAGACAGUGUCAUGAAAAGCGGGCUCGAGCGAGACAAGAUAUCCCAGGAAGAGGGCAUCAUCGCCUUUGAAAUGGAGGGAGCCGGUAUCUGGGAGGAAGUGCCGUCCAUCAUCAUCAAGAGCGUGUGCGACUAUGCCGAUGGUCAUAAGAUUGGCAAUUGGAAGGACUUUGCAGCCGCGGUGGCCGCAGCAGCUGCGAAAGCGCUUCUCGGAAGAUACAUCAAGACAGACAGGCCUUUGGAAGAGGCCGCUCAGCAGAGCGUAUCGACCAAAGUCUCAGAAACAAAUGCAACCAGCACGCCGGUCGGCGAAGAUGCUCGGCAGAGCAUGCCUACCGAAGGGUUGGAUAAACAACAUGAAGUAACUGGCCCAGUUUCGGAAGAGGCCUCUCAACAAGACACACAAGCCAAAGUGAUGGAUGCAAAAGAACACAGCCCGCCGCCACCAUAUACCAAAGUUUGUGACUCUCAGGGGUCGAAUUCGAGAAAAAGACCUCAUCAACCGGAUGAUCAGCCUAAAAAGGUUGCUGUGAGAUCCGCUGCAUCUGCGAAUACAACCCCGGAUGUAUAUUAAUAUAUUAGAAGCUGGUGUUAUAUAGGCAUAUAAUAGUUUUUUUUUGUAUCGGUAGCUAGAUUCUUUUUCGUCAAUAUUUCCCAGGCAUUCCUUUCUCCUUUGUUGCUCUAUUCAUGAUCUAGCAAGUAAACAUAAACUUUUUUGUAGUAUCUAAAGUGUUUAGGCUGAACAUGCAGGACACAAGUGUAAACUGAGUCUGGUGGCAAAAACAGCAACAAAGAAGCGC